ACUAACCUCCGAAACUAUGUCAAAUGGCGUUCUGCAACUGAUCCCCCACUUUCCGGCUGAUUGUUCCUUCCAAGGGCUUGGCGAUGCGUCCCAUACUUGGUCCAGCAGACCCAGUCGCCAUUUGGACGCCUGCCUAUCAAAUGACUGAUGAUUUCGUCUACCGGACCAAACCUUCCUAAUUACCCUAUUCCACUCUGGGGCCAAAUGCGGUCGACAAGAAAUGGUACGGGGGCCGAUCACCUACUUCCUCCGAGAGGAGGGGGUGAUUGUCAAGUAUUAAAAGGCUUGACGCAUCCUGGAGAUUUACAUACCAUGCUGUAGACAUUCCUUUGAUCGUUCUCGGCCAUUGCUUGCGUGCCUCCCAGUCUCUUUUUCUUCCCUGCUGACAUUCUUCCUUUUUCUUUUUGACGGCCUGGGUUUUGUGUUCCGCAGACGUCUGGUCUACUAGCCAUGUGGUGUUCUCGACUAUCCUCAUGGACUCUGGGCCUAGCCCUGGUGACAGGGGCAUUGGCUUCUCCCUUUCAGAAACGAGCAGCAGGGGCUCGCAUGGCUAUUAAUUCCGACUUUCCUGAUCCCAGCUUUGUGGGAACUCCCGACGGAACUUGGUAUGCCUUUGGCACCAAUGGAAACGGGAAGCGUGUGCAGGUCGCUACUUCACCGGACUUUAAGACAUGGACUCUCACGGACAAGGAAGCACUACCUACCCUUGCGGGAUGGGAGACCGAAAUUGAUCAUUGGGCUCCUGACGUAGUUCAACGGAAAGAUGGAAAGUACGUGCUGUACUACUCCGGCGAAGCCAAAGAAAUGGUCAGGCACCACUGUGUCGGAGUCGCCGUCUCUGAAGGCACUGAUCCAGCCGGGCCCUACAUCCCCAACCCCGAACCUCUCUCCUGCCGCCUCGACCAAGGCGGCUCAAUUGACCCCGCUGGCUUCCUCGACAAGGAUGGUAGCCGGUACGUCGUCUUCAAAGUCGACGGCAACAGCAUCGGCAACGGCGGCGACUGCAACAACGGCAUCGAGCCCUUGAAACCGACCCCCAUCCUGCUGCAGAAAGUCAAGGACGACGGUUUCACCCCCGACGGUGCAGCCGUGCAGAUCCUGGACCGUGACGCCAGCGACGGACCGUUGGUCGAGGCGCCCAACCUCAUCUUACACGGUGACACCUACUUCCUCUUCUACUCCACCCACUGUUUCACCGACCCCAAGUACGAUGUGCGCUAUGCGACCUCGAAAUCCAUCACGGGGCCGUAUGUCAAGAACGGCCGCAAGCUUUUCAAAACCGGCGAUUAUGGCUUGACUUCUCCGGGGGGAGGCACGGUCUGUGGCUGUGGGGAUCGGAUCCUGUUCCAUGGGUUCUGUGCCGAGAACAAGCGAUGCACAUAUGCUGCGGAUCUUUCAAUCCAGGGGGAUCAGGUUACAGUUCUAUGA